AUGUCUCAGAGAUCGAUUUUUUUGUUGCAGAUUGUCUGUCAAAGGUUCGUCGAUGGAGGCUGGGCCGUCGAUAUCGUCAAAAAUGGCGAACCUAUACAGCAAGACAUCCGGAUCACAGACCCCCUCACUUCAGAUCAGAAAGAAACCUGCCGUUGGUAUCUGCAGCAGUAUGUUCGGCUUUCUCCCUUCUCUGUUAACAGAGCAGAAGAGGCCAAAGCUAUCCUUGAUCAGUAUCCCCAUCAGCUUCUGGAUCAGCUACCCCUACGGCGAGCUCUGCUCCCUCAGCUUGAACAAGGAGCUUAUAGCCUUGAUCCGGUCACCCUCCUUGUUGAUGUCUUUGAACUGCCCAAGAGCGUCGAAAGCGAAUCGGAUGACAGCGUACAUCAGUUGUUCUGGGAAACACUGGAAUACCCAGAGCUAUGGAGCCACCCAAAUUGGAAAGUUAUUGUUCGCCGGAGCUUGAUUUAUCAACGGACAAAUUUGCCCCCUCAGGUCCAUAAAGUUGACUACUGGGCUAACGCGGAUGGUUCAAAAUCGCUCAACGUGCUCCUGGUCGUUGCAAGAGACCUAACCAAUGACCCUUCAGUUUAUGAAGAUGUCAGCCCCUCUAUCGCCACCAACACGCUUCUCAAAAUUCGCCAUGAGCUCAAUCAGCAUCCUUCCGGUAACAAGCUAAACGUUGAGAUCGUGAGGCCAGGGACAUUCGCGGCAUUCAAGGAACACUUGCGACAUAGUGAGAAGACCAGAGGGCCAGGUUACUUCCAUCUCGUCCAUUUUGACACACAUGGCACGGUAGCGCUCAAAAAAGGCAGAGCGGCCAAGUACGGUCUUCUACAUUUCUCACAGGCCGAGUGUGACAAAACUGACCCGAGACCUGGGGCCCAGAUUGCCAAGGUGCUUAAACAACAUCAGAUUCCAUAUGCUGUGUUGAAUUCCUGUGAGUCGGCAUCAGCUACUGCCGGCGACAAUGCAAACGUUGCCAAACUUUUUCUCAAAGCAGGGCUGCGUGGUGUCAUCGGAAUGUCCUUCAAGAUAGCUAGCAGCUCAGUCACUAUAUUCCUGGAGCGAUUCUACAACGACCUGCUUCGUGGUGGGAAGUCAUUUGCUGCCUCUGCAGCUGCUGGCCGAGAAGCACUGCGAUUGAAUCCGAUGCGUCCAGCAAGAUACGGCCUCGAUCGCCGCCUGAGCGACAGUUUUGUCGCUGUGACUUACGAAGAAGGCAAUAACUCAUCCUCGUUCUCCGAUAAUCUUGGUGGUUCCUUCGUCCACCACUGGACUCUUGGUUCCAAAACUCUGGAUGAAGGCUCGGACUUUGCGAUAUGUCAAGAAGCUUCUCACCUCAACACCACAAGUGACGAACAAGAGCUUAUUGGGAGAGAUUUUGAGAUCUUACGUCUGGAGAAGGUUCUCAUGAGAACCCAUGUGCUUUUCAUGUCAGGUGCUCUAGGAGUUGGAAAGACCGCUCUUCUCAAACAUGCAGCCAGUGUUUGGAAAUGGACGCAGUUGGUACAGGUCAUAGUACAUAUUGAGCUGGAGAAGUACUUCGAUCGGUCUGGCGAAAAGCUGCUCGAGGAUAUUCUCCGGCAGAUUUUAGUCCAGCUCAACGAUGCGAAAUCGCAAAUGCUGCUAUGGACCAUGAGUGCAAAUCCCAAUAGCGUUGCCUCUUACGACAGCCUCUUGCUUGUCGACAUACUCAAAAAUCUCCUCUCGCUGGUCAACGCCGUUAUUAUUAUGGAAUACCACGAACCAAGUCAUCUUCAGUUAUUCAUAGAAAGGAACGGUGCGGCCACUACCAAGGCCGUGACCGUGCUUGACACGGUUCAGAUUCUUUUUUCGUUGGCUCACAGUCCAAAACCAAAGACUGACACCCAUCUCUAUUUCAUCUUGACUCAGAGGCGGAGAUCUUUACGUGGGAUGGAAGAAGUACUAGGUUGCCAACUUGCACCAUACCGAUUAAAUCUUGAAGGCCUUAGACUGUCGGAUGCCAUUGAACUAUCGAAGAAGGUGCUGAACAACGCUGGCGAGCCAGUAAAAGACUGGGUGUCCGAGGAUGUGGACUGUCUUGAGAUUGUGAUUCAUUUAUUGCAAGGAAUCCCUUCAGCUUUGAUCUUAAUAUUACCCCUUCAGAGGUCUCGCGGUAUCCCCUGGAGACGUUUUCAUAGAGAGCUGGAGAAAGGUCUCUUUGCAUCAGUCUCAGAUCUAAAGAGUUACGGCCUUGGGGAUUGCUCUAUGGUCCAUGAGCUUGAAUCGAUGUAUCUUCCAAACAAAUAUGAACUUUUGGUUCUCCUCAUCAGCCUGUUCUGGCACAAAGCUCCCCCAAUGGACGAGUAUGUCUACCUUUGUCUUGGAAUUAAUGAUGAACAUAUUGUGGACGAUGUCCUCGGUGCCUCCGGUCAAGGGAUCAACGACUGGUAUCAGGUUUUCAAACAUUUCGUUCACGACAGAGGAUAUAUCCAUCACUGCGAUGGGUACAUACUGGAAGUUCACCCUCUUUUCUCCAUUGUCGGGCGAGCAUUUCUGUUCGAUAAAUGGGUUACCCUGGCGAACAGAGUGCCAUUAAAAACCAUGCUUUGUGCCACGUUACAGCUCUGCUGUUUUAGUCCUAGAGGCCAGAACCCGUCUUUGGAAUUGGAGCCUUGGAAUUAUUUGACAGCUCUUGGGUUUUGCACUGGGGAAAUUCCAGUCGAGAGAUGGCCGUUGAAACUUCUAUUCCCCCCCGAAGAUUGGUGGAAGUCCAGCUACCCUUCAAGCCUCAAAGCCUACCUGCGGGAAAGAGGCAGUGAGCUAUUGAGAGCCCUCUCUUUCAAGAUACCCUUACUUGAUCAAAAGGGCCAUCAUUUGGUCCUUUAUUCAUGUAUGAACCUUCUCUUGUGUCACUCUGAUAAGCUGCCCAGCAAGUCAACUAUGGAACGCAUUCUACAACUAUCAAGGAGGGGCCAGGAGCUCAUGACAACCCUAAGCCCAUCAGAAGAUACAGAUAUCGUUAAUUUGAGUCGCGCUUUACUUUUGUCGGCAACGAUGGCCUCUUCUCACUAUCUUGGAGAUUAUCAACAAGCUCACAAAGCUUGGAAACAAAUGAAACUCUUGGACGAAGAAAUGCACCUAGCUGAACUGACUCAGAAUGGCCACGAAACUUCCAACAACUCACAGUCGUUUGGUAGUAAGCCAUGGCUCGAAACACAAAAGGAACUGGUUUCUGGGGUUAUCCAGACUUUAAAGGAUGACAUGGAGAAGUGGGAAAAUGGAACCUUGCUAGCCUCAGAGGUUAAAGAACAGCAAACCCUAGUACAAGAAAGCCUUCAAAUAUUUCUUGACACUGAGCCACGGUUCCCCCCCGCCAUAAAUUCCCGCGACGACGUGGUACAGUUUAUUUUAUCAGGUCCCUCCAGUGUUCCCAGGGAACCUUCUUCGGAGCCCAGCCCGCAUAAGCUUUCUGACCUCGAGUCAUCGUACGACGCAGGAGAUUGGCUUGAUACCUGUGAGCGGCACAUAUCUAUGGCAGUAGAGUCUCUGUCGAAGGACCAAUUUGUGGACGUGGGCAGUCAUCUUGAGUGUGUCUACACGCUAGCAAAAUUGAACUCGGCAUCGGAGGCCUUUAUCACCGAUGUACAGGCUUGCCAAAAUCGGAUGUUCAUGACACAUCUGGCUUAUCUUUGCCAUGUUACUUUGUUUCCCGCAAGAUACGUCCAUCGAGGGAUAGAAUACGGGUUCGCAAGAAGGAUGAAUCACACCUUGCACCAACGGUUCGCCAAAGAGAGCAUUUGGGGAUCUCAAGCUCUUAUAUGGCCCUCCAAAGACGAGAAGCUCUCCCUCUUCCAGGACUGCAAGUGGUGGCAGUGGUGGCAGUGGUUUCAAGAGUCUCAAGGUCAGGACAAGACAUGGGUGACUCACGUGCGCGCUAAUCUUGGCUUAUAUCUCAAGCAAGCUGAAUUCAUGUGCCUUAUCUUCUCCCUUGUUUGCUAUAACCGUUUCGACAAUGCUCUUAUCGUUCUCAACGAGCUAGAGGCAUUGUGUAACAAGUCCGUCUUCGUUCACUUCCCUGUUCAACUAUCCCCUCUCCAGUGCAUGCGAAGUUGCUUCGAGCUUGCAUUUGAGCAUUCUUCGAUAGGUGAAAAACUCGAUACCUGGCAGCUUGAUUCUGCAGAAGCUCAAAGUUAUCAAGCGCUGGUUACUGAGCUUCUUGAACUUCGUCCCAGCUUUUGCACCUGGUUUCCCGACAGCGUGGCCCAAGCCUGGAAAUACGCUACUGAAAAGCUCAAGCUAUACAGCUACCAAGUAUCGAUGCGUGAGGCAACUCAGGCUCAUGACCCAACAGACUUGAAAGCGACAUAUCAGCAGCUGGUGUCGUUGAUUGAAGGCGGAUGCUUCAGCCUCUUGGACGAGAGUGACUUACUCACAGUUCGAGUUCUUGGAUUGCGAUAUAAUCUCGACCGGGCACGUGAUAGCCGACAGUGGCAAGAAGCAAUCUCACUAUGUGACGAGUACUUGGCAAUUUCACAGAAUGCUGCCCAAGACCUUCCGCGAUCUCAAGACAGUUGGGUCAUUGCCAAACAGGAAUGCGAAUGGAACAUGAUCUCCGACUCCCUGGAUGAGGCUGAACAGAAUCUUGACUUUGAAAAGUGCAUCCAGCUUCUGAGGAAGAAGUAUGACAUAGCUUGUAGACAGCGUCAAACUCCCGGAAUGAGCAAAACCGUGAUUUUCUUGUUCGGUCCUCGACUAUAUUCGUUCCAAAUGCAGCUGUAUCAAGACCAAUGUCUAGACUGCCUAGCCUGGCUUCGAAACCCUCAACAACCUUCUCAACAGAACACGCACGAGUUAUUAAAACAGGCGCUAUGGGUGUGCCGCCACAAGCACAUGAAAUCACUUGUGCUAGCCAAGCGUUAUAAGACACUGCCGCGAAAGGUACGGAAAGGCCAACGGAAGGUCUUUGGAGUAGGGCGGAUUCGUCAGAAGGCACCAUACCUGCGCAAUCCAUUCCAGCGUCAUCGAACAUGGAGAUCGAGGUUCCAGUAUCGCCUUAUGAAUAAAUGCGAGUACGGUCAUAAUCGGGAUCAGUUUCGGAGACCUUUCGGAUGUCGGUGCCAUUGUCGUGGAGGGUAUUGCUUUGCAGAUUAG